AUGAAACUUCAGUUAAUAUUUUUGACUUUGUUUGUUGUCGCAGCACUUGGAUAUCGCGAUGAUAACGACAAUGAGAAUCGAAUCAAUCGAAGAGGUCAAGGAAGAGGUUAUAGAUGGAGACGUCGUUAUGAUAAUCAAAUUGCUGCAAAUGCUGAAGAUGCUGAAUUAGAAGAUGCGAUUUCACAAGAAGAUGAAAGUACGACGGAACGUUAUCAGAGAAGGAAAUGGCGUGGAAGAGGUGAAAAUCGACGAAAUCAAUUUAAACAUAAUUCAGAUUGGCAUAAGCGUCACGAAGACGAAUUAAUUUUAAUCAUUAAUGGUUAUCUUCUUAAAGAAUUGAUUUUCUUAAUGACAACAUUGGAACAAAGUUCUAAAUUAUUUUUGACACCAUUAGCAGCGUUAUUAAUAAGAAUCUGA